AUGAGGACAAUCCAGUGUCAAAGUCAUCCAGAGCAGCACGGAGCCUCCAGCAGCCUCCACAGCCUCAGGAGCAGCAGCGGCACCAUCACCAUGAGUCCACUCAGCUCAUCCAGCAUCAGCCUGGCUGCUCUACUCAUCCUCACCUUACCAAUCUGCAAAAGUGCUCCAGCAGAAGUCACAAUAGGCCAGAGUCAACCACAAAGCCAGAUCGACGCUGUAUGCUCGUCAUACCUCUCUGCAGACCAUAAGUUUCAGGCAUCUGACGUCUUAGGGGAACUCUGUGUCAUGAUGCUGGUUCAGAGGUCAAAGGAGCUGAAGGGACAAGAAAAAAGUAAAAGGGCUGAACUUCAGGGACCUGGUGGAAUCCAGAGCAGAGGUUACUUUCUCUAUCGGCCACGAAAUGGAAGAAGAUCCUUAGAAUAUGAGUAAAAUAAAGUCUCCAUCUCUGAAGCAUUAGGGUACAGAGAGACAGCGAGACCCAAGCUGCUGCACCACGACCGACUGAUCCAAACUGCAACCACAGCCCUCUGCCACUGCUGUAUAGUGAUAUCUGAAUGUACACAAAGAAUAUAAUUAUAAUACUAGUAAUUGUCCAGAUUUUAUUUUGUGCUAUAUGUUUGUCAUUUGCAUUAAAAUGCUAUAAUGUG